UAUGAGAUGUACACUAUUGAGAGGAAUGCUGAAAGGACAGCGUCUGCGGGCAGGCUGCUCUACGACAUGUUUGUGAAUUUUCCAGACCAACCUGCUGUAUGGAGGGAGAUCAGCGUUAUUACAGCGGCAUUAAGGAACGACUCGCAGGACAAGCAGACACAAUUUUUAAGAGGAUUAUUUGAAACCCUUCCUGGUCGAGUCCAGUGUGAAAUGCUACUGAAGGCCACAGAGCAGUGUUUUAACACACUGGAAAGGGCAGAAAUGCUGCUGCUACUUCUGCGACGCUUCCCAGAGACCGUGAUGCAGCACGGGGUGGGCCUUGGAGAAACAUUAUUAGAGGCUGAAAGUAUUGAAGACCAAGAAUCCCCUGUGAAUUGCUUUAGAAAGUUGUUUGUUUGUGAUGUUCUUCCUCUAAUAAUUAACAACCCUGAUGUUCGUCUUCCUGCCAGCUUGUUAUAUAAAUAUCUGAAUAAAGCAGCGGAGUUCUAUAUUAACUAUGUAACUAGAUCUACACAGCCAGAAAGCCAAUAUCAAGGUUCGCAGGAUUCCUCUGAUAUUAUGUCUCCAAGCAAGCGUAGCUCUCAGAAAUACGUAAUAGAUGGUCUGACAGAGAAGUCAUCCCAGAUCACAGAUCCUUGGGAGAGGCUGUUUAAAAUACUGUCUGUGGUGGGAAUGAGGUGUGAAUGGCAAAUGGACAAGGGAAGAAGAAGUUUUGGUGAUAUUUUGCACCGAAUGAAAGACCUCUGCAGAUACAUCAGUAACUUUGACAGUGAUGCACAUGCUAAAUAUAAGAACCAAGUAGUGUAUUCCACGAUGCUGGUCUUCUUUAAAAACGCGUUCCAGUACGUCAGCAGCAUCCAGCCAUCGCUCUUCCAAGGUCCAAAUGCUCCAAACCAAGCCCCACUGGUUCUUCUCGAGGAUGUGCCCAACAUCUACGGUGAUACAGACAUCGAUCGCAGCAAACACAUACACAAAAAGAGGAAACUUGCGGAAGGAAGAGAAAAAACAAUGCAGAGCUCGGAUGAUGAGGAUCCUUCUGGGAAGGCGCGAAGUCGUCACAUUGCAGUGAACAAGGCAGAUCUUGCAAACUCUAUUGAAGUACUGGAGAGCUUCAAACUGGCACGAGAGAGCUGGGAGCUGCUCUAUUCUCUGGAGUCACUCGACAAAGAGUUCACCAGAAUUUGUUUGUCGUGGAAGACAGAAACCUGGCUCUGGUUAAGAAUCUUUCUUACAGACAUGAUCAUCUACCAG